AUGGAUGAGUUUGCGCAGACCCGUGGUGCCGACGAUCUCUUUGAUGAUGAGAUCAUCCCGGUCUCGGCAGAGGAGCAAGAGGUUCAGACGGAAGUAAUUGUACCGGAGGUAGUGGCACCGGCUCCGCAGGCGCAGGAGGAGAGUCCGCGCGUCGAAAAGACAGCACCCGCGCGCGGGGAAACGCCGCAGCGAGGCCGUGGUGGCGAGAGAGGUCGAGGUCGAGGACGUGGCCGCGGUAAAGGAGGUCGCGGUGGUCGCGAGUCACAACCGGCCGAGCAAAAGCGCCCUGAGAGCGCACCGCGAAAGAAUGGCGCGGCGAAGAGCGGGCUCGAAGGAAGUCGAUGGGCUACUGUAGAGGAGUCAUCGGAGAAACCUCAAGAGGUGGAGAAGGAGAAGGAAAAGGAACAGGAACAGGAACAGACAAAGGAAAAGGAAAAGGACCAGCCUGCAGAAGAAGAGGACAGCAAGACAGAGGUCGCGAGUGCCGAUGGUACUGAGCCGGCACGAGUGCCAGCUGUCCGAGGGGAUCGAAGUGCCACGGGUGGUGUGAGGAAGCCGAAACUCACCGAGGAGGAGCUAUCAAAGCGUAUCGCUGCAGCCAAAGAGAACGCCGUCAAGAAAGCAGCUGCCCAUGCUCGAGCACAGGCUGAUCAGGCCUCCUUCAUGGAACGUGAGCAAGUGGCCGCUAAGAAACGCCGCGAAGAACUUGCGAAUCGCCGUGUCAUGGAUAACGAGCGCGAGCAGAACCGACAACGUAAACUCAAGGCCCAAACCGGUCGUGAAUGGGAUUCGCAGAAACGUGAAGAAGACUACAACCCUCGUGGCGGUGGUAGUCAAUUCCGACGUGGCAUGCACGGUGGCGUGUCUGGACACACACGACGGGACUUCGACGCCGCGCCUUCGGAGGAGCUCGCCGCGGACGAUCUGCUGAGUCCUAAUCGGGUGCGUGGCCGGGGCGGCCGUAGCGGUCGUGGUCGUGGUCCUUCACGCGGACCAAAGGGAGAGCGUGCCUCGUCGAGGGAGCCAUCUGAAAAAGCAUCUUCUCCUGCUAUCAACAAGGAGGAUUUCCCCGCUCUGCCGGUAGGGAAGAAGCCCGAGGAGGACCCCAAGCCAGCAGCUCCACCCCUGGAGAAGCCCUCUAUGGAAACGCUGGAGGCUACAAUGUCCCCCGUGACUGGCACUUGGGCUGACCAAUUCGACGACGACGAGUAG